AUGCAUAAGAUGAGUGUAGUAGAGACUGGUGGCUUACCGUAUCUGUUGCGUCUUGUUCUUGGUACACCUUAUAUGCUGACCACCAACGUGGAUGUCGAAGAUGGCAUCGUGAACGGAGCGAUCGGAGAGCUCAUGCAUGUUGAGUACAACGAAGGAAACUCGCAGCAACAGGCAAUCACGAGGCUUUGGAUGGCAUUCGAAAAUGAGUCCAUUGGGAAGAUGUUGAGAGUGAAGGCCAGACCGCUGGUGUAUUCGAGACCUGGGGUGCUACAAACAGGCUGGACUCCAAUCGUCAAACGAUCGGCGAACGUAACCCUUAACGGUGGUGUUAAGUGCAAAAGAGUUCAGUUUCCCGUUGUAAGUGCGUGUGCCCUCACAGUCCAUAAGUCCCAGGGAGGCACAUUCUCGGAAGUCGUAUAUAAUUACGAUAAGGGUCAGGAACAGCAGCUAGUUUACGUUGGUCUUUCCAGGGUUACAUCAAUCGACGGAUUGUAUCUGACGAAUGCCAGUAACUCAUUCCGGUUCCACCACGGAAAGGGUUCUAUGACCCCUAGAAUGAACGACCUUCGGACGGAACUUGAACGUUUGAGUAAUUAUCGUAUGCGCACCAUUACAGACGAUAUCAUGGAAGCUAUAACCGCAAACAAGUUGGCUUGUACGUUGAUGAGCAUCAAUGUACAAAGUUUGAAUGCACACUCGUCGGACAUUGCAACAGAUCGGGUGCUUACCGCCGUUGAUUUGCUUGCAAUGAGCGAAACUUGGCUUGACAACGGCACAACCACAAACAUCAAUGGAUACCUUUGUGUUUGUCAAGAGAAGCGUGACGGAACAAGAGCGGGAGGAGUGGCAAUAUUUGAACGUGCUGGUUCGUCGACUAUGGCCGUUUCUCACGCCAUUACGAAGCUCAAUGAAAGCUAUGACCCAGCAUUGAGUGUAGCAGACGAAUAUGGGGACUGCUGUGCUGCAGAGGUUUCAAUCAUGGAAACCCGCACGUUACUGUUUGCGGUAUAUAUUUCACCAGGUACCACCCUGAAGCAAAAGAAAUAUUUCUUAGUGCGCAACCUCAUAAAGUACACCCAUGUUGCCAUGCCCGUGGUAGUGUCGGGAGACUUUAAUAUUGAUGUGACGAAAGAGGAGAACAGAGAUUUCAUCUGGUUCAUGAAGCAGUUUCUCUAUCUGGAUUGUGCUUCGGAUCCAACUAUAGCGACUACUCUGGGUGGCACAUGUCUCGAUCUAACGUUCACCCGGAACGUAAGUGUGGAAUGCAGGAGAUACUGCACGUACUUCUCCUACCACCGGCCUAUUUUGUCGAUUCUUGCGGUGUCCUGA